UCAGCACUGGGUUUGUUUUGACACAGCUGCCAACAACCAGUUCUUGAACUUGCAAAAUGAAUCAGUGGAAGCAAGAAACUGGUUUCAUUUGAUAGAAGUGGAGAGCAAAGAAGCCUUCACUUUUUCUGUCUUGGUGAGAUGGGGUUACAGAAGUGCAGAGGCUGUUUAAGCUGCUUUUUAAUACCCCUCGCACUUUGGAGCAUUGUUAUAAAUGUCCUGCUAUAUUUUCCUGAUGGGAAGACUUUGUACGCAUCCAGCAACAACCUCACCAACUAUGUGUGGUAUUUUGAAGGAAUCUGUUUCUCUGGUAUUAUGAUGCUUCUGCUAGCAGCACUUUUGAUCAUCUUGGACCGAGAAAUCUUCCCUCGGUGCUGCGAGAGUGAAAGCUGCACCAAAACAUACAGGAGCGUCAUUUCAGUUGUGCUUUCGUUGCUUGGGGUUGCAUUCUCUGGCUACAGUCUCAUCAUGUCUACCUUGGGUUUAGUGCAGGGCUCUUACUGCAAAACCCCAUCUGGUUGGGAAUAUAUCUUCAAAGACACUCCGGGCAGUUACCUCAUGGAUCGCACUUCCUGGUCUGAAUGCUCUGAGCCAGCUUAUGUAGUUGAGUGGAACAUAAUUUUAUUUUCUAUUCUGAUAGCUCUUAGUGGCCUCCAAAUGUUAAUUUGCUUUCUGAAGGUGAUUGCAGAGUUAAAGAGGAUACUGUGUGGAACUUAUCCUGUCUUUAUUCAGCCUGGGCUAAUCUGACAGUCAAGGGAAAAGUCCUGCCAAGAUGCCACCAUAUCUCUGGUGAUAAUUUUUUGAAAAAACAGGGCUUCUGAUUCUGUUCCACAUCCACUUAUUUGUGCUACAUAGAAAGUAAUCUCUAUAUUUUGCAUCUCACAGUGCUCCACAUCAUUCUAAGCAAGCACCAUUUUUGCGUAUCUUGUGUUUUUUUGCUCCCUGUUUCUGUUCUUUCCCUUUCCCUGUGAUUCUUGUCUAUUUAAAUCAUGAGCCACCAGGGUGGGAUGCCUACUAUUGGUAUUUUAAAAAGCAUAUCAAUCAGAGAUAACCAUCCCUGCGUGUUGAAUGGUGGCAGGCCUACCGUUUUGCACAACAUGUCAGUUCCCUUGCUUCAGGUGUUGUUAAGUUCAACAGGGCUGCAGGAGAUAGGGUUGCAAGCCCUGUGCCUGCCAAUCCCAGGAGCUUUUGCAAGCAGUGCCCUGGCUGUGCAUCACUUCCAGGUGAUUGUCCAGAUGUGCUAUCACAGCCCCUGCAACAGUCUCUAUAGUAAAGACUAUAGAGACUGGGUGAAAUCCCAACAGCAUUGCUGAGGCUGUGAUAUCACUUCCGAGUGAUCCUCUGGAAGUGACAUCAGGGUAUCUGCCACUUCUUACCUCUCAUUUUUUCUCCCACUGCUCAAUUGAUUUUAAAGGAUCAUGGUGAUUUCAUCAAUUGCAGUUAUUUCAGGUCCUCCCCCUCCAAGUGCCAGCAGCUCCACUCCAAGCAUUCGUGCUGUUGUGUACAGAUGUGCAGUGUUUUCUCAGGGUGCUCCUUGAUUAUAAUAAGGAAACUCACCAUCUCCUUCCAUUUUACCAUUUAAUAUCAGUAGAUCAAAUUUAUCAAUAAUUUGAUCAUUAUUGAUGGCAAAAAGCUACUCCAGAUUUAUUAAUAUAAAGAUCUUUUGUAUUCCUGUUGUGUUAUAAAGUUUAUCAACAUAAUCAUCCACAACUCCUACACUACCACAAUCAAUGUGAACUGAAGUCACUUGCUAAUAUUGUAUACAUCUUGGAUAUCUAACCUCAAGUUUGUAAGCAUAGAUUUCCACAACCAACUAACAAUGUUCAUAAUAAUAAUUUCUUAAAUUAUUAAAGAGUAAGGGGGAAUAUAAACAUUGACUACUUGGGAGAGGGCCUUCUUGGUCCUGGAACCAAAACUCUGGAGCUCUUUCCCCAGGGACGCUUGUCUGUCUCCUUUUGUGGCCAUCUUUUUUCAGUGGAUGAAGAAGUGGGUUUCAUUUGACUGAGUGAUCCUUCCUCGCUGCCAAAUGUUUUAAUAAUUAUUUUUAUGUUUUUGUAUGUAUUUUAGCCAGGGCUUUUUUUCUGGGAAAAGAGGUGGUGGAACUCAGUGGGUUGUCAGCACAGGGGGCAACUCUUGGCGGGAGGUGGUGCUGGGAGGUGGUGCACAUGUGCGUGCACAAAGUGCACGCAUGCUCCCAAGGCCAAUGACGUCACUUUGGGUCAACUGGAACAAGGGGGGAGUUUUUUAAAGCUUAAAUCGCCCUCAGUG